CACACUUCACUAGCAGCCGUGCAAUUGAUUCCUCUGCAAGUCCAGUUGCUUUAGACUUAUCACUAGUAGAGGCUGCAGCAGGGCAAAAUGUGGAUUGUACUCAAUACAUCAAACACUCAUUUGCCCUGUUGGAAGCAGUAAUUGUUAUGCUAAUUCAGGCUGACAUCACUCCUCACAUCAAAGGCCGGGGAGAGCAAAUAUAAGCAGGUUGUUCAGGCAGAGAGUCAAGGCAGCCUCUAGCAGGCAGUGUCCUCCAGUCUCUGCACCUUCCUCCCUACAACUCUCACAACUGCCACAUCUGCUCUAGUGCCUCACACACUCUCUCUCUCUCUGCCUUAUGUGUCUUAUGGAUCUCUAGCUGACACUUUGGUGUUCGGAAGAAAAUCUUUUUGCACAAAUCCGCCUGCCCUGACUACAAAUCCAGGAUCUUUUUUUUUUUUUUUAAAGGGAGCUAUAAGGACAUUUGAACAUUUACUGGAAAAAGUUACUGGAGGGAUUGACACAGCAUAAUGGCACGUUGCUUAAGGCCGUAACUCUAAAGGAUUAAUUUCAACAAAAAGACUGGAGAUUUAUCAUCCCGGAACUCUCUUUGGAUACAUUUUUUUCCCAUUUGAUUUUUUUUUCUAAAUAAAUUUAUUUUGUUAUUGGGUUUUGAAGAUGAAGAUUUAUUUUCUGCUUGGGACUUUUCUAACCUUUCUGCUGCACACGAGGAUCUGCCAAGGAAUUAAAUGGUUAGCUUUAUCCAAGACCCCCUUAUCCCUGGCGUUGAAUCAGACCCAGCACUGCAAGCAGCUAGAAGGCCUGGUCUCCUCUCAGAUGCAGCUGUGCCGGAGUAAUUUAGAGCUUAUGCAAACCAUCAUUCAUGCAGCCAAGGAGGUGAAGAAAACCUGCAUUAAAGCUUUCACAGACAUGCGGUGGAACUGCUCCUCCAUCGAGCUGGCACCCACCUUCCACCAGGAUUUAGAGAGAGGUACUCGGGAAUCUGCAUUUGUGCAUGCUCUCUCCGCGGCGGCCAUCAGUCACACAAUCGCUAGAGCCUGUACUACUGGUGACAUCCCAGGGUGCUCGUGUGCUCCAAUCCCAGGCGAGUCCCCAGGACCUGGAUACCGGUGGGGAGGAUGUGCGGACAACCUGAAUUAUGGAAUUCUCAUGGGCUCAAAAUUCUCAGAUGCCCCAAUGAAAAUGAAGAAGUCGGGAUCACAAGCGAAUAAGCUCAUGCACCUGCAUAACAGUGAAGUGGGGAGACAGGUGCUGAAAGCCUCACUGGAGAUGAAAUGCAAGUGUCACGGUGUCUCUGGAUCUUGCUCCAUUAAAACCUGUUGGAGGGGGCUGCAGGAGCUCCGGGAGAUUGCGCUGGACCUGAAAACCAAGUAUCUGUCAGCGACCAAAGUGGUUCACAGGCCCAUGGGCACCCGAAAACACCUGGUCCCCAAGGACAUUGACAUAAGGCCGGUGCAGGAAACAGAACUGAUUUAUCUUCAGGGAUCUCCGGACUAUUGCUUGAAGAACGAAAAGAUGGGAUCCCACGGGACCCACGAGAGGCAAUGCAAUAAAACAUCCAACGGCAGCGACAGUUGCGAUUUAAUGUGCUGUGGGAGGGGCUACAACCCGUACAUGGACAAAGUGGUGGAGAGAUGCCACUGUAAAUACCAUUGGUGUUGCUACGUGACCUGCAAAAAAUGUGAAAGGACCGUGGAGCGUUAUGUGUGCAAAUGAGGCGCCCUGUGGCCCUCACUCUGCGAACAAACAUGGCAUCAACGCACUGUCCAUCAUUGGAAGAGCCGUCUUCUGGAUUCCUCCCGGAGAGCUGGUGAGCCAUGGAGGCAAAAAGCAACUGCCAUCCCCAGAAUUCCCUGGGGUUCAUCUGCCAAUGAUCUCAGAUUGGGUUUUGUUUUUUCUUUAAUUAGAUGCCACAUGCCAUAAAAAACUAAAUAAAUAUCAAAACUGAAGUUAAAGUCGGACUAAUGGAUCUCAAAAGGGACCUGCUGGGGGGUCUUGUUGCAGGAGAAUAGGGGAACCAAUUAUUUUUAAUUGUUCUGAACCCAAGAAGGUUCCAUGAGUAGUUCCUCAUAUCUAAGUGGGUUAUGCCUUGAUGGAUCCAGAUAAACCAUGUGAUAUAUUGAAAUAUAAUAAUAUGUUUCUUGGUGGGGCCUGUAACAAGGAGUCUAGAUGAUGGGUUCCUCGCAUGUCGGUGUGUCUCGCCUCGCCUAGUAAUUAUACUGUGUGACCUAUUCUGGAUCAUACCAGGAUGAGGCUUGAUAAAGGGCCCUUUUUUGUCUACAUGAGCUAAUGAGCCAAUAAAAUUAUAACAUUGGAUAACCACCAUAAUCAUCAGAGUGCUGCAGUUACUGGACUAUGCAUACUAUUCUGGAUCAUACCAUGAUGUCAUGGAAAGAACCUCCCACAUAAAGACUCACAUUUGGAAGGAGAACCAAGAAAACACCCCUUAAAACGCAGCCAUAUUGUAAAUACUCUUCUUGGUAUGACCCAAAAGGGACAAACUGAUUUGGAAAUCUUCCUUGCUGGGGAAAUUCUGGACUGGCUGUUCCAGCUGGAAAAUCCUUAUGGAAUAAAGAGUUAAAAAAGAGAAGCAGUGAUACAUCUUGUUACAUGAACUGUGUUUACAUUCUGGGGAAUUUCAACCAGACCCCCUACCCACACCCCCUCUGGUUACAACCAUCUCAUCUGAUUCCCAUGACAACAGUGUAGUCCCACUGUCGGUGGAUGUACAAAUUUUCUUUUGUAUGCAGAACCUACAGAGAUAUUUAUAAAUAUAGCAUUUGCCUUCUUCUAUUCUGCCUUUUUUUUUUAUAUAAAAGUAUAAAUAUAUAUAAUUAUAAUUGUAAGAAUAAAACAUCUUUACGUUUGUAUGAAAAAAAUGCUAAAGGUAAAAUAUAAAAUGGUUUCUACAAUAUAUUUUUAUAUUGGUGUUCUAUACUA